AUGCGUGACGAGUUUGACGCCCUGCAGUGGAACCAGACAUGGACGCUUGUUCCCCGCCCCUCUCACGCCAACAUCAUCACCGGGAAGUGGGUCUUCAAGCACAAGUUCCAUCCGGACGGUACUCUCGACCUCCACAAGGCGCGGUGGAUGGUUCGUGGUUUUCGCCAGCGAGCCGGCGUCGACUUCACCGACACCUUCACCCCGGUUGUCAAGCCCGGGACGAUCCGCACUGUUCUUCAGCUCGCGGUCUCCCGCGCAUGGCCCGUGCAUCAGAUGGACGUCUCCAACGCCUUCCUUCACGGCCAUCUAGAGGAACAGGUCUUCUGCCAGCAGCCCACUGGUUUCGUCGACAGCGCCCACCCCGACCAUGUGUGCCUGCUCUCUGGCUCGUUAUACGGGCUCAAGCAGGCUCCACGCGCCCGGUACCAGCGCAUCGCAAUGUUUCUUCACCAACUCGGCUUCCGCUCCACCCGCUCCGAUGCAUCGCUGUUCGUGUACAACAACGGCGCCACCACCGCGUACCUGCUGCUCUAUGUCGACGACAUCAUCUUAACGGCCAGCUCCACGGACCUCCUGCGACAGCUCACAGAGCGUCUUCGCGCUGAGUUUGCUCUCAAGGACUUGGGGCCUCUGCACUACUUCCUCGGCAUCGAGGUCGUACGUCGCACCGACGGCUUCUUCCUUCAUCAGCGCAAGUACGCCCAUGAGCUCCUGGACCGCGCAGGUAUGCUUAAUUGCAAACCCGCGGCCACGCCGGUCGACACGAAGUCCAAGCUCUCCGCCACGAAUGCGUCCUCUUAUCGCUCCAUCGUCGGUGCCAUGCAGUACCUCACCUUGACUCGCCCCGAGCUGCAGUAUGCUGUUCAGCAGGUGUGCCUUCACAUGCACGCUCCACGGGAUCCUCAUUGGGCUGCGGUCAAGCGGAUCCUCCGCUACAUUCGUGGUACCAUGGACUUCGGUCUCUCUCUCCACGCCUCCACCGCCACGGACAUCGUCGCCUACUCGGACGCCGAUUGGGCCGGCUGCCCCGACACGCGUCGCUCCACGUCUGGCUACUGUGUCUACUUCGGACCUUCGCUCAUCUCCUGGUCGUCUAAGCGACAGCCCACGGUCUCUCGCUCCAGCGCCGAAGCGGAGUACCGGGCUGUUGCUAACGCAGUUGCUGAGGUCUCCUGGCUGCGGCAACUCCUCGUUGAGCUCUCAUGUCCUGUUGCCAAAGCCACCGUGGUCUACUGCGACAACAUCUCCGCCGUCUACCUCUCCGCCAACCCGAUAUCAUGA